UUGGAAUCCACACCCAUACCUAUGUAAUCUUCACACUACAUAAAAACUACACUAGGUACGUGAAACAUCUAAGCUAACUGAUGGUUGUAUGAUGACUCACGGGGACCCCUGUCCCCACUACUAAGGAGGGACACAUACUAUAAAUAGACCAUGUCCCCGACAUGGUCUCUCAGAUAUUUCUUCCUCCUUAGACAAACUUUAAUACAUCGUCUCAACACCAUUGAUUUCAUAGUUAUUACCUUGUUAUUUGCUUUACCAUACGUACGUACCUACCAACACUAACGUGUAUUGGGAAUUGCAGACAAGGAUCUUUCUAAUACCUACUGUCUACACAGAUGGACACGAUGGUAGGCUUACCCUUUGGAAAAAAGCAGAAGGCAACGCCGUCAAAUUCUUCGCAGCAGAUCCAAUUUACAUGGUCUGACGACUACGUAUCUGUGGGUGCGGAUGACCAGUUUGUGUCAGUUGACCACGAGGACUUAUACCAAGGAGAAGUCCACAAAGAUGGCAAGAAUGAGGGCGAGAAGAAGCAUAUGUUCUUCCGUCCCAAUGUGACGGUCAACGUUUUCGGCAACAACGGGUCGAAUUCUGGAACUACAGGAGCGGAAGGGACCGAGCCGAGCGUCACAAAGCCAGUCAACGAAAAAAAGACCGAACAGAUUCAUGAUACCGUAGCCGAUCUGACGGCUAAACUUGCAGCUUUAUCCCAAAAAGUUGAUGAGCUUUCCGAGUUAGCAUCCGCUCGGGGACCUCGAGUUGAAUGCGGUUUGUGGAACACGGGGGAGGUUCGUUCAUCGAAUCAACCUUCGAACAACACCAGAGCGCGAAUCUGGUUUGAAAAAGAAUUCAAAUCUGUUCCGAAGGUGACGACUGGGAUGUCCUCAGCCGACGUGUCUAAAGAUGCAAACUUUAGAGUGUCCGUUUAUCCGACAGAAAUAGACACAAAAGGAUUUAAAGUAAAUGUACAUGGCUGGCAUGAUACGAUGAUAUAUUCCUGCGGGGUGUCGUGGGUCGCUAUAGGCGACUAGUUGUGUACGUACACCGCAAUAUAUACCUGGUGUAUAGGAAGAGGCCAUCCUACUUCUACGGCGUCUAUUGUGACCCACCAUGGAUACUAUGGCCCCAGAAACUUGAUAAAACAUAACUUCCCAGAUACCUUAGCUAGCUAGAUUGUCUACAUUACAGUUAAACUUGAGAUUUUCUCCAUCUGUCUUGUCUAAG